AUGCUUAACGGACCGGCCCAGAAGGGUCUACUGCAGCCCUACCCUGCGACGCCGGGGGAUGUGGGCGGAAAGCCCCGUCUGAUAUGGCCGUCGGAAUUCGCCUUGAGGACUGGUGGGGGUCUGUGGUGGGUCUCUGGGGCGGGCGGAGAGUAUGCUCAGUCAUGGUGGCGAUAUGCUGCGACCGGCACCAGCUGGGACCGCGUGCUGCCCCCAGCCGGGAGAUUUAGAGGCCACGGAGUUCUUGGGGAGGGGCGGGGCGCUAAUUCUGACCGUGGACCGUCGGCCUGUCAUCAGGAGGAGCACCGCGCCUCACAAGGAGUUUGCUCCGUGAAAAGCGCAUCGCGGGGGGUUCAAGAGCGAUUACAAGAGGAAGGUGGAGAUGGGGGUCUGGAAUACUCGAACCUCUACUAUUCAUGCUGUAAUCGAGACAACAGGAGGAAAGAGGACGCCUUUGCGUUACAUUAUUUUCCUCUAAUGCCUUGUCGUAAAUGGAUGUUGGCGCGCAAGAACAGAAACGUGGUUUUCAAGAGGAAUUUUAAAGCGAUAAAUGAUAAUUCAAUGGGAGACGACAUGGUUGCAUGUCUUGCCAAACGACGUCCCAAGCAUAGCACCCGUGAAAACACCGUGUCUUAUGCGAAACUCGAACAUAGUUGCGAAUGCAUUCCUUUACGCCAAGGAUUCUUCAAUGUGCUGCGGUAUCCGUACGUUGCAUCUCCUCACGUAAUUUCACAACCCUAUCGUGCCCCCAUUCUUCCAUUACCGGAGGAGCUGGGCGGCUCGCAGCGCUGCUGCACGGCGUGGCGCCGGGGGAGGGGGACAUUGUGCGCGGUGUCUCGGGAUCGUGCCCAUUGUGGCGGCGCGGCGCUGCGCGGCGUGUCGAUAGCGCGGCCAUUGAGAGACUCGUUACAGGCGACUGGUAUCGCGCCGCCCCCUUCGGGCGGUGGAUGGGGAGGGGGAGGGGCGGAAAUUGCGCCAGCAGCAACGGAGGUGUCGUUGUGA